CUAGAUAUCAAGUGGACACUUUUCUUUGCAUGAAAAGUUACAAAAUAGCUAUAAAAUGGGAAUAAACAAUAAACUGCUUUUGUAAUGUUCAAUACAGAAUUUCAUAUGCUUUUAUUAGGCAUUCUGGAGGAUGGAAAAUCAACUCAGACCUGUGUAACCAUGUCCUCGAGUGCAUGUGGAAUGCUAAACACCGAGAAAAAAGCUAGCUGUGGUACUCAGUGUUCAAAACCUACACUUCAUGCUACUGGAACUAUGACACAGAAACAACAUGGCUUCAGAACAGCAGAGGCUAAAUGGGACACAAAGAAAAUGCCCACAAAAGAAGUUGCCAUUAAUGUUACAAAAAGCAUCAGACAAAUUAACAGCGACAGAAGGAUAACAAAGAAUUGUGUCAAUUAACAGAGCAAAACAAAAGUGAGGAUGGACCUGACAAUACUUUGUUGCACUUUCAGUGUGAUUGAUCAUUUAUAAGAUUUGAAAAUCUCAAGAUGUUCUGUGCUGAAUGCAACGGGCAGCUGCUUCUGAGUGCCUUGAGAAAUGUCUUACCUAGUAGUAAACAGCUGCAGACAUUGUAGGAUGUUUGGAUGUGUAAUUUUAAGUGGCAGAGACAGUUUGCAUACAGCAAAAAUUGUGCCAUUUUUUCCUUUCCAAGUCCUGUGUUCUCUACAUGUAGGUUUCCUGUCCUGCAUUGCUUUAGGGUGGGAUUAGACAAGUAGAGCUGCAGUUUACUCACUUUAAAACAUAAAAGAGUAAUUAAUCAGUGUUAUUAAUAAGUAGCCUGAAAUGUUACCUUUGGUUCUGCAAAGUUCAUUUAAGGAUCAGGGUUUCAUAAAUUGUCAACCCUGGAUACUCAGAAGUAGAGAGAUAGGCCCAGUUAACAUUAUACUGGCUUUUAAACAAUAUAUGUGAUCCUUGUGUCAUAUUGUCAUCUGGUUAAAUUACUUUAUUUUGCUUCACUGUCUACAUCAGAAGAGUUUAGGUGUUGAAAGCAAUAAACUUAUGUUGUUACCAGUCUAAUGAACUUUAAGUCCCUGGUUUUAGCUCACAGAGUUUUCUGGUUAUAUUCUGGCUUGGAUCUUUUCCACUUCAGUAACUCCAAGCCCAGAGCUAUGUUACUAGAUUCUGUAAAACACCUAUCACUUUAUAAAUAAUCAUACUUCCCCAAAUAAUUUCUUAAUGAUGACAACUACAAGAAAAUUAUCUAUAUUUGAUAAUUAAACAUUGCUGAUCUGAUAGUGUGUUCUGGCUUUUUCAGUAUGUGGAAAAAUGAUAGAGCAUACAUUUUGACUGCAUUGUUAUGGAUCCCACAUGACUGCAUUAUACAUUUAUCGUAAGUGUAUUAACAAAAAGGCAGUACAUAUGGUCCCAUACAGUAAUUAACACAAGACCCUGUUAAGAAUGAAGUAAUAAGUUAGCUAUAAACUUACUGUAGAUUGAACUUGGAUUUUUAUAGAAAUAACACGGGUAAAAUCAUCCACUACACAUAUGAGCAUCAUUAAUUAUAAUUUAUAAUACCUGUUCAGCAACUUUUGAUAUUUAUUACUGAUAACAUAUGAGAGGAGAUCCUCUCAGUAAUGCCUUCAGCUUGAUAAUGGUUAAGGCAAGAAAAAUCAAUUAAUGUAUGAAUUGCAGGAAGUACUUCUUUAUGCCUUGGCAAACAUCCGUAAAUAAAAUCCUGGAAAUGCAACCAAAUUUAUUCCAAAGAAGAAUCAUUUUAAGAAGUUGACAUUAUGUUUACAAGCAUCUACUUCUUUACUUGAAAUAUAAGUCUAUGCCGUGUAAAAUGUUUAGAUAAGUAAUUAUUUUCCAUUAUUCAUACACAAAAACAAUGUGAAGUCCAGAACGAAUUAUUAUGCAUACAGUAGCGCAUGCCUUUUAAUAGGCGAUGUAGAUCUGCCCAUUUUAGCACUUCUCUUAAAGUUAAUUUUUAUCUGGUAGGUAGUCCUGUGUUGUGCUUUUUUAUACAAGAACAAAAUGGCAUUGAAAAUAAGGUUGUGUAGGUGAAAACAACUAUCUGCAUUUAUCCCACCGGCUUAUGAUUACUUUUCAACUUGGCAAACUGCUGAAGAACAGCAAGAGACCUGGCCCCAUCUCUGAAAGUAAGGAAUAUCUGUAGCACAGGGGUGGGCAAUUAUUUGGGCCCGAGGGGCACUUAAGAAGUUUUGAUGAGCUGUUGCAGGCCAGG